CAUUUUGGGACCCAAAUGUAGCAUUUAACCGUUUAUGAUUGGUGACGUAGUGAGUACUACGGCAUUUCGAGAGUUCAGUCUGUGCGUUUCAGUGCUCGAGGAAGCUCACGUCACACUUUACGUCACACAUAAUAUCACCAAUUGGAGAGGGGGCAAGCAUUCAAAUUUAUAACUUCCCGGCGAAGGAAUACUUUCAUUUACGGUUCUGUUGUCCUCUUGUACGGUCUGCACAACGAUGAAUAGUCUUUUCCAGUCUAACGCAAUGGUGAACGCUCCUCACAUGGAAGAAGGUAGUGGCGAUAAGUUAGCGCGAAAGGCUAAGGAGUCGCCUUUUAUGCCGAUUGGCUUGGCAGGACUUGCUGCCGUUUGUGGUAUCGGUAUCUACAAGUACAAAACCCGUGGAUCAAUGUCAACUUCCGUGUUUCUGAUGCAGCUUCGUGUGGCCGCUCAGGGUACCGUUGUAGGAGCUCUCACUCUCGGGCUGGCGUAUACCAUGGCAAAUGAAUAUUUGUUUAAGAAAAAGGAUGGUAAUUAGGCUGUGAAGCAGUGCGGUGUACUAUUCCUGGAAGUUGAAAUAUGAUGAACUUCGAAAGCAUUACUUAUGUCUAGGGGAACAACGUUACAUAACUCAACCCGUAUGCGACUCACCGCACCAAAAUUAAGCGUCAUGGAAAUGUGGAAGUCAAUGAUCAACCUCGAAUACUCGUGAUAUCGUUUGCACUAUUGUACUGUGAUUAAUAUCAAAUAUUAGAAGGGAACCGGCACGAUAGGAUGCAGUAUAUUUUAGAACAAGUAGUUAUCAGUGAAUGACAUAGCAGCGCAAAAAGGAAAAUACCUUUCCAAUUGUGGGUGAAUUGUUCAUUGUUGCUAUGAGGAAAUUUAGAAAAGAGUAGUUACAUGAUGGUUCAGCACACCCAAUCCGGUGUCAUCUGAAAACUUCGGUAGAUUACUGCUUAUUUAAUACAAAUCAUCUCAUUUUCUGAAAAGUCGCAACAUAGAUGUAUUUUACGUAUCGUAAAGAGAAUAUAUAAAAUAAAGAGCUUAUAACAAAAA